CGCGUGGAAGCACUGAAUCAAAAGCGCAGUUCCGCGUAGUAUUGAGAGAGUAUGCGCGUAGUGAACCAGUCAGUAACGGUCGCGAUAUAUCUGAGGUCACACGUUUCAAACUCCAAAUAAAGACCUCUAAUAAUAUUUGUGCCGCGAGUGUAUAAUCUAAGUUUUUUAUUUGGACAACAUGCCAGAAUCGGAAGUUAUCACGAGAGUCAUUCUAAAUGAAGUGACACCAGACAUAUCACAGCACAUGCUCUCAGAUGUCUCCCACUUGCCGGGGGUUCAACUGGGUGACUUCUUACUCCAAUUUGAGUUGGAAGAACCCAAUGAAGCGGUCCGCGAGAUCGCCAGACGGGAACUACGGGAGACGCCAGAAAACAUCCAACCAGCUGUUGAUGAACUAAGAAGGCUUUUAGAAGCGGACAAGGAACUGUAUGUCCCCUGUGAACGCGAUACGUGGCUCAUCAGAUUUCUGCGACCUUGCAAAUUCUACCCUGAAAGUGCUUACGAGUUGAUCAAACGCUAUUACGGAUUCAAAGUAAAGCAUCACAAACAUUAUGAAGGACUAACACCAAGCAAAGAACAGAAUGUUUUCAACCAGAAUGUCCUCAAAGUUCUUCCCACGAGAGAUCAGCUCGGGCGAAGGGUGCUAGUUCUUGAACUUGGCAAAAAGUGGAACCACAACAAAUGCACACUAGACGAGGUGUUCAAAGGCUGUGUUCUCUUCCUGGAAGGCGCCAUGUUGGAGCCCGAGACACAGAUAUGCGGCGCCGUCGUGAUAUUUGACAUGGACGGCCUGUCUUUGCAACAAGUUUGGCAAUUCACCCCACAAUUCGCAAAGAGAAUUGUCGAUUGGCUGCAGGAAUGUAUCCCUCUCAGAAUAAAAGGCCUAUACAUCAUUAACCAGCCGUACAUCUUCAAUAUGGUGUUCCAGUUGUUUAAGCCCAUCUUGCAAGAGAAAUUGCGUUCUCGAAUAGUGUUUUUGGGCAAUGAUAGGGAGCUACUUUACAAAUAUAUAAAUCCUAAAUGUCUCCCUGAGAAAUAUGGAGGGAGUUUAAACAUUCCAGAUGUCACUGGGGCUCAGUGGUUGGAGCUUUUGAUGUAUUGCGAUAAGGAAUAUCUUGCGAUCAACUCUUACGGAUAUAAGAAAAAUAAGUGAUAUCCUUCUUCCUGCGACUCGUCUAUAAUUUGUGAUAUUAUUUAUUAAUAAGAAAAGACCCUGAUUCAUCUAUAGAAAUAAGUAUAUAUAUGGAAGAACAAACAUACAACAACAUUAACAUCGUGUUCUCAUAGCAUGAACUUAAACAAAAAUCCUCUAUGAAAGCGUAGUUUUAUCCUGUCAACUGUCAAAACUCGUAUAAUGACCACACACACGCACACUUAGAUGUAGAUACAAAAUUAUUUAAUAACAUUAUCUGUUCCAGCAGUGAGCUAUAUCUUGUGGUCUUAAAUAAAAUGUAGAAAUUUAAAUUAGUAAUAAUUCUACUUAUUAUAUAUUAAAAAAUGGUGACGUCUAGUACGUCGUACAAUAAAACAAUAUAUAUUAUAACAAUUUAAAGAAAAAAUAAAUAAUUUUAUAUAUAUUGUAUAUUAAUUUAAUGUUAGUUUUGUGGUGGUAAUGGAGGAAGUAUAACAAUGUGCCUUAGAUUUAGACAUAAAGUUAAGCGCGAACUAUUCUUGUCAUCUGUCAAAUGUACCUAGCAUUAUGACAGAUCUCAACCAAGAGUCAACACUCAAUAGUGAAAUUGGAAUCACUAUAAGUUAUGGUAUGCGGCAUCUUAAUUCUUUAUUCCAUUUUAUUGUUAGUAGUUUUUGUUAAGAAACAUAUCCAUAUGUAAUGUUUAUUUUAUAUCACAUUCCUAUUUUACGUUACUUUUAGACAAUUUUAUUUUAUAUUAUUAAGAUUGUAUGAUAAUAUGGCAUAGGCUGUGAAGGAAUAUCUAUGUUAAGAUAAAAUAAAUACUUAAUUCUGCUUCUGUAAAUGUCAAAUUAUUAUAAGAUUAUAUUAUGCCAUGCUUGCCUUAUAUUAAUCAUUGGUAAGAUUUGUUUUAAAAAAUACAGUCGUAAUUUUUACGAUGACUAAUAUUUAUGGGUUAAUAAUCUGUCAAAUAUAUGACAUUUGGUAUUAGAAUAAAUUUGCCCAUAGGAUAUAUAAACCUUAUUUUCUAAAGGUUGGUGUUGCUAUUAAAAAAUGUAAAGUUCGUUAUUACAAUUAGUUAAUCACUAUGGCUGAAAUCUAUACUACUUUCGUCAAACUCAUGAGCCAAACUUAACUGGAUUUAUCGUCUUUCUGCCCUAAGAAUAUACUGAGUGUAACAAGUUCUUAGCGGCCUAAACGCCUAAGAACUUAUAACGUUUCUAUAAAUACCGGAAUAAUUUAUGUCAAAAUACAGUACAUGUUUUACAUAUAGAGCUGUAAGCGAGAGGACUUAAUUUAUGAAGCAUUAUUAAUUUCAGUCCUUAAACACGAAUGAUAUAACAUAUCUAUUUUUGGGUAUGCAGGGUACUGACAAUAAACUUAAUAAAUAUAUCUUUAACUUUAAUUCAUAUUAUAAAUAUUUAUUUCUUAACACUCAGAUAUUAUAUACUUCGAAUUUAUGAAUUAUAGUUUAAGGAAUUAAUGGGUUAAAGAAGCGUAUAAAUGUAAUAUAAUAAAACAAAAAUUAUUUUAAA